GAACGACUGCCUCCUAUCCACCUGCGCAACGCAAAUCGAACUCUCUCCUCCUAGACCCUUCCAUUGUCCACUGGCUCGUCGAGCUCGGAAGAAUUAGAGCAGAGUAGGACCCACACCCUUGCUGUGUCUUCCGCCAUCGCUUGGUGCAAGGUCUCAAGUGUCUCCGUCGCACUCUGUGUCUAACCUUCGCCUGGCUGCGGUGUUGCCUCUUCACCUUUACCAAUAUCUGGGUGGCUCCGAAUCAUCCCUUCUACUGUCCUCGUCUCUCUUCCACUUGUUGGCCCACUCAAUUCAUUAUCCUCUUCCACCUUGAAAAUGGCUCCAGCAGCCCAGAUGUCUUAUCAAAAGGAUGAGAAGGUCCUUUGCUUCCACCAUGAGAUCUUGUAUGAAGCCAAGAUUCUCGAUGUAAAGCACACUGUCCCCGACGACCGCAAAAGCCCUGUUGAGUACUUGGUCCACUACAAGGGCUGGAAGAACACCUGGGAUGACUGGGUGCCCCAAGAUCGUCUACGUAAAUUCACAGAGGAGAACCGAGAGUUGGCAACUACCCUUCGCCGAGAUGCGGAGGCCGCUUACCGUCAGAAAACCGCGAAACCGUCCAUGAAAAGGCGAAGAGGCUCUGACCCCAGCUCUGUUCGGGGAAGCGAGGAGCGCCAGUUGUCCGUUCCUGGUCGCAACAAUAAGAGAGCCAGAGAGAAUGACAUUGAAAAGGAGGAUGCUUUCUAUACUCGGCCAUCAGUGCGAAUCGUCAUGCCUGAUAACUUAAAAUCGCUCCUUGUUGAUGACUGGGAGAAUAUCACCAAGAAUCAGCAAGUCGUGGCAUUACCCGCGAAAUGUUCCGUCAAUCAGAUUUUUGAGGACUACGAGGCCGAAGAAAAGCCCAAGCGGACGACCGGAGCCGACACUGAUGUCCUCGAAGAAGUGAUCUCGGGGAUUAAAGAAUACUUCGACAAAGCCCUGGACAAGAUUCUUCUUUACAGAUUUGAGCGCGAACAGUACCGUACCCUUCGCAAAGAGUGGGAGAAAGGCUCUGGGAAUCUGGCCGAUAAAUCGCCACUCGAUAUCUAUGGUGCCGAACAUCUGACUCGACUGUUUGCUACUAUGCCCGAGCUCAUUGCGCAAACAAACAUGGACAUGCAGUCCACCAACCGACUUCGUGAGGAACUUUCCAAAUUCACGCUCUGGCUAAGUAAAAACUCCAACAAGUAUUUUGCAACGCGCUACAUGACCAUGAGCAAUGAGUACGUCGACAAGGCUAGGGGUGUCCCAAACCCGAAUCCCGGAACUGCCACCUCGCAUUUAGUUUGAAAAAUGUCUUUUGAACAUGAUGAAAGAUACCUGUGAUCCCUACCCCUACUGUCCGAUUGAUUAGCUCUGCAAUUCUUUAUUUUGUCUCUCCUGCCUUUUCUCGACCUAAUGUCGGCUGCGACAAGCACAAUGUUCUGGAUACCAUGGUGGGACAAGACUUUAUGCGAACUACGGUUUCAAUGAGUUUGAGUUGGGGUAACUUGUAACAUAAGUAUAGAACUGGCGAAUCAUGGAUGGAUUUGCUUGAUGCAGCUACUUCGAUUGUAUUGGUUAUCAACUUAGAGGCGGGAACAGAGGUCGUGAUGAUUCUAAGAUACC